AUGAUUCGCGAGUUGGAUCCGAUAAAGCAGUCGCUAAUUGCAUCUCUUUUCACGUGGGGAGUUACUGCGCUUGGCGCAGCUGUUGUUUUUAUUAUUCCACCGUAUAGCAAGAAAUUUUUAGACAUUAGUUUGGGCUUUGCUGCUGGAGUGAUGACAGCUGCGUCGUUUUGGAGCUUGCUUGCACCAGCAAUUGAACUAUCGGAAUCGAAAAUGGGUGCACUGGCAUUCGUCCCGGUUUCGGUGGGUUUUGCUGUGGGAGCUGCUUUUGUUUAUCUUGCUGAUCGGCUUAUGCCAAAAUGCGUUUUAUCAGAGAUGGCAAUCGUAGAUUUGUUAACGGAUGAUGCUUCUAUAGCUCCUGUAGCAAUAGCCAAAAAUUCUCCCGAUUAUGAACUGAAAGAAGUUGGUUGUAAAGAUAAUAAAGUCGAAAACAGUGAAGCCACAUCUCAGUGGAAUGAACGGUAUGGAACAACCAAUAAUAACUUCCGCAUUAUCCGACGACGGUUUAGCCGUUUUAGGUCGGCCAUAAGACCUGAAACAAGCGAUAGUGGAACAAUCGGCGACUCUUGCAGGAAGCCAUCAGAAACUGCGACUUCAACGGUAUCGCUGAUGGGGUUAUCUUCAAACCAUGCAACAAACAAAGAAAAAACAGUAAUUGCAGCACUAUCUUGGCGACGCAUAGUUUUGCUCAUCAUUGCAAUCACAGUACAUAACAUUCCAGAAGGACUUGCAGUUGGCGUCGCUUUUGGUUCAAUCGGGAAAACAGCUAAGGCAACUUUUGAAUCAGCAUUUAAUUUAGCUCUUGGUAUUGGACUGCAAAAUUUCCCUGAGGGUCUUGCAGUUUCAUUGCCUUUGGCUGGCUUUGGUCAUAGCAAGUUUAAAGCAUUCUUUUAUGGUCAACUAUCAGGUAUGGUCGAACCAAUCGCUGCAUUAGCUGGUGCGACUGCUGUUUUAAAAAUGGAAUUCGUAUUACCCUACGCUUUAAGUUUUGCAGCUGGAGCUAUGAUAUAUGUUGUUGUGGAUGACAUUAUUCCUGAAGCUCAGAGAAAUGGUAAUGGGAAAUUAGCAUCGAUUGGUGCAAUAUUAGGUUUUAUAAUCAUGAUGUCACUAGACGUUGGUCUUGGAUAA